GAGUUACAGAAUUUGGCCACCAAGCACCCCAACCUGGUCAUCAUCCCACUCGAAGUCACCGACCCUGCCAGCAUCAAGGCAGCUGCAGCCAGAGUUGGGGAGCAGCUGGGGGGCUCAGGGCUGAACCUCCUCAUCAACAACGCUGGAAUGCUGAUAUACAACACACUUGGUAAUGAGACAUGGGAGAACAUGACACGGAUUUACACCACCAAUACGAUUGGGCCCCUGCUGAUGAGCCAGGCGUUCCUGCCCUUGCUGAAGAAGGCUGCCCAGGGGAGUGCAGGCUCAGGGCUGAGCUGCAGCAUCAUCAAAAGCUCCGCCGGCUCCAUUGAGGAAGUCUAUUUGUGGGAUCAGGCACAUGUUGUCUCUUACCGAUGCAGCAAGGCUGCCCUGAACAUGCUGACCAAGUGCCCGUCCCUGGGGUAACGGGAGCACGGCAUCCUCUGCCGUGCCCUUAGCCAGGCCUGGGGCCCAGCCUGCCUCUCCCCCUCUGCCCUGCAGCCCCCCGUGACAGUGGACGGCAGUGCGCGAGGGAUGCUGAAGGUGCUCUCCUCCCUCUCCGAGAAGGACACCGGCACUUUCCUGGACUGGGAAGGGAAGGUUGUGCCCUGGUGA